UAAUUUGGUUGAUCACAAUCGCGUUCAUACAGGGGAGAAAGCAUAUCAUUUUGAUAUCUGUGGUAAACCAUUCUCUCGUAAUAGUAAUUUGGUUGAUCACAAUCGCGUUCAUACAGGGGAGAAAGCAUAUCAUUUUGAUAUCUGUGGUAAAUCAUUCUCUCGUAAUAAGAGUCAUUUGGUUUAUCACAAACUUACACAUACAGGAGAGAAACCAUAUCAAUGUAAUUACCAUGCUAAAUCAUUUGCCCUUAAUUGUCAAUUGGUUACUCACAAACGUGAGAAACCCUAUCACUGUUUUGUUUGUGAAUAUCAGAUCAUGUUGACAUAA